AAUAAAGUUAAGUGAGAGCAUACUGUACCAUUAUAUUUUAGUUUGAUUCUACCAUAGAAAAUGCAACCUAAAUCCAUUACUCUUUUACAAAAAAUCGAUUCUACAGUUGAUCAAUUGAUUAAUAAGUUUCAAAAUAUAUUUGAAGUAGCAGUCAUUAAUGAUAAGUCGAAGGAAUUAUUGGCAGUUGAGUCACUUACUAUCGAAGCGGAUGCUCUGACGAUUAUAAGACUUUGUGAAGAACUACUUACUAUCUCUCGUGGACUCAAAGAAACUUGGUGUUUAGGGACAUUAAAAGUUGAAAAUGGGAAGGAAAAUGUCGAGCAAUCAGAGGAAAAUGAUGAAGAUUUGGCCGCAGUUCAUGCCAAAUUUAAUCAACUUACAAACAAAAUUGCCCAAUUUGAAAGAAAGGGAACUGUAAUAUAAGAAAAUAAUGCCUAGAGUUAUUUUCUAUUAACUUGAUAUACAAGAAUUCUUGAAAUUAUUAAGUGCUCACUCACAUGAAGAUAAAUGUAUUCUAUGAUAAAUUUGA